AUGUGGCUUUACCGCGGUGCGCAGUCGGCGGUGUUCUACUAUGCCACUUGCACACCAUGUGCCGAAAGCGCGGACCGCCGAAAGCGCAGGAAGGAUGCUGCUCGAACUCAGCGUGAAAUGGAGCGUCGGGCCCCCGAGAUCAUCACCGACCAACCUCGUCUAUUCCCGCAACCGACCGCAUUCAGUACGAACCCAGGGUGGCGCGAGGAGAUCGCCAUGGGCCCAGGCCCUCCGGCUCGCCGAGGUGGCCACCGCAACAAUCAUCAGCGAACGAACAGCUGGAAUACGGACGAGAGCUCGCUGAAGGGUCAAGCCGGUCCCUCGAAACAACCCCUGGGCGAACGCUUGAAGUCAAUGCGCUACCAACGCGAGGACGAACCCCUUUGGGGUCAAGAAGUACGCGGAUCAUCAAUUGGCUUCUCUGGCCGCGGUCGGGCAGACCGCAGUGAGCCGUCGAAGUACUAUAUUGCCCGUGCACCCCCUGUCAAUGACCUCCAUCCGCCCAUUGUGAGUGGGCCCAUCAGCCGUGCGGAGACCCGUUGGAUGCUCCAACCCCCGCCCAGCGCCAAAGUGAUGGCUGGAAAGGAACGCUUCGACUUGACGUCCCCCAGCGACAGUAUGGGAGGAUCUUUUGGGGACCGCCUUGCGCGUGUAGACAAGCGUCUCUCUCGUCUUGACGAGAAAGCACCCGCCCGAAGCAGCCACGAUAGCACCCGCGACUUAUUUGCCGCAGACUUGCUCCAGGAGCCGCUCCAGUAUCGACCAUCGAUCACGCGCGCUCACUCAGACAGUAUUGGCCGCGAGGAAUUCGAAGCCUCACGUACAUCCCGACCGGAUUCAAUGGUUUCAAUGGCCCACUCCGACCAAUCUUUCUCUACUGAAUGGAAAUACCCCGAAACGCCGCGCACGCGCCCGGCUUCUAAAUCUACGCAUGAAAGCGAUAAAUUUCAGGCACGUCCGCAGAUUUCUAAGACUCUGUCGACCCUACACCGUGAUAACAAGAACAAAGUCCAAAUGUUCCACGUCGAAAUCAACGACGAAAACCGCGACCAGGUUGGCCUUGGACAACUAGAGCGCAUCCGGCCCUGGCGCUGGAGCAUGGAUAUCUGA